GAGCGAUGGCUUCUGAGUUGGAGCUCACCUUCGUGGAGGACCUGCAGCUGACGGAGGUGAUGCGCCUGCGCUCGCAGUCGCUGCAGCAGAAGGGCCUGAAGCGGCAGGACGGCGAGCGGCUGCUGCUGCCCUACGAGGCCGUCUACCGCCUGGACUUCUCCAACCAGGACCUGAGCUUCUGCCGCUGGGAGGUCAGCAUGAAGGGCCACGGGCGCCUCGCCGUCACGGGCAUCUCGCAGCUGUGGACGCCCGACCUGACCCACCUGAUGACGCGGCAGCUGCUGGAGCCCAACGGGCAGUUCUGGCGCUCGGCCGGCGACCCCGACGACGCGCCGCUCAAGUGCCUGGAGGCCGACAUCCAGGAGUUCGGCGAGCGGCUCGCCGAGCUGGCCAAGGUGCGCAAGGUGAUGUACUUUCUGUUCGCUUUCAAGGAGGGCACUGAGAAGGCCAACAUCAGCUGCUCGGUGGUGUUCAAGCCCAACUCAGCUUAGCCACAGGCACCAGACCCUGACCCCAACACGGGCUACUGCAGCCCCGCUCAGCAGGCACAGCUAACAGCUAGAACUCUUACUAUGGAUACUGUAGGUCUUAUACCAUCUGCUUCU